GCUGCCAACCACCAGAUACACAACACACCCUGUGUUGCCUGUCUUCUCGUUGGUAAGAAGAAACGUGUUUUGUGCAGAAUUUUCAGUUCUUCAUUUUCGAUUUCGGUUUAGAAUUUUGUUUGUAAACACGCGUGUGGCAAAAAAAUAUAUAUCCAAAUAUUGUUGAAAAAUUAACUUUAACUUUCGUGUUCUGCUCAGCACAACACAAACAUACAAACAACAUAAAACGGCAGGGAAAACAACAACAGUAAGAAAAACAAAAACGACAAAAACAACAUAGCAAUCAGCCAUUAGCCAACAGAGCCUGAGCCGUAGCCGUAGCCAUAGCCAGCCAACGAACGACAGAGCCAAAAAAUAAAGUGAAAUAAAUAGAAGAGGGGAUGUGAGCUGCAAACGGAACAGGAUCGAUCGGAUGUAUUGAAAAGAGAAGUGCGCAAAGCGUGCGGAAAACAAUUCAAAUUUGGAAAAAUCUUUUGAAACGCAGAAAAGGAAAAAACCUUGAGUUUUUAUUGUCCAAAGCGACGAAUUAAAGUGUUAAUAUUAGCAACAAGGGGACAGUGGCCGAAUGUGAAUAGUGUGCAAAACGUGCAAGUAAAAAAAUUUUAUAUAUUUUUUGUUAAAAGAAAAAGAUAUUAGUAUUUUAGUAGGAACAGUAAAUUGUGUAGAAUAAAAAUAUAAGAAUCAUAACAGAAAAGCAAAAGCACCAUAACAUAACCAAGCGCAAUUGUGGCGUAGCGCUAACACAUUUUUUCGUUAGGAAAAAAGUGUAGAAAAAGCAGAAUUAAGAAAAAGGCGCCGCAUACAAAUGGAAUUCUUCCCCCACCAACAACAACCACAUACAGCUCAGCAAGUAGAUGACGGUUCUAUAUCCGGCCCGGCAACCAAUAUAAAUACUAUUAGUAGUAACAACAACAACAAUAACAACAUAAACAACGUUCGUAGCACAAAUUAUACCCCGCCCACCUCAAACACAAUAAAUAGUGCAGCAACAACGGACACCGUCGACGCUGCCACUGUAGCCAUCGCCAAGGAUAUGCUCCAGUUGCAUCAUGGCAAUGGUGCGAUACUAACAAAUAAUAACAACAAUAACACGAGUAACAGCAGUAAUAAUAAUACUAGUAGCGCAGCCUUAGAGGUCAUGAAUACAUCAACAUCAUCUAACGCCAACACCAAUUCGGUAGUAAUUGCAGCUGGUAGUGGCAGCAGUACAACCAACAGUGGUGUCGGGCCUAAUGUAGGCGCCAAUCUGAAUACCAAUCACCCACCUGCCCAUGCCUCAACCGCCGGUAAUUCGGGCGGCGGUGCAUCAAAUGUUUUAACAGCACCUGACAAUGCGCUCGGCUUUCUAAAAUACGACCAGGAGUUGUUAUACAUCACCGAGCCAUGUACUAUUAUUGGACGAAACUCAUCAACAUCGCAUGUGCACUUUCAUGUUGCUGAAAACAAUUUGGUGUCAAGAAAGCAUUUUCAGGUUCAUUACGAUGGAGAUGCACGUGACUUUUUCGUGCAGUGUCUAAGUAAAAAUGGCAUUUUCGUUGAUGAUUUUUUGCAACGACGAAAUGCUGAUCCGCUUCGAUUACCUAACAGCUGUUACUUUCGCUUUCCCAGCACCGAGAUUCGCAUACAAUUCGAGAGUUUCGUACAUGGUGGCGCUUUAAAUGCUACUGGCGCGCUAACUAACUCGAACAACAGCGGCAUAUCGUAUCAUAACAAUAGUCACAACAAUGUGGCUGCCCUGCAGAACAACAGUGGAAUAGGAGGAGGUGGCGGUGGGAGCGGAGGUUGCGCUCAAUUCAUUAUUUCGCCUGCGCCACCCGAUGAUCACCAUCAUCCGCAUGCGUCGUCUGGACCAACACCGCAUGCGUCCACACAUGUAUCUCAUCACCAUCAACCGCAUGUGUCCUCUAGUGCAGUGUCAUCGUCAACACAUCUGCUGCCGAAUAUGGAUAAUUCAAAUGUGUACUCACCACUAAAGAUAUCCAUACCGAAGAAGGAGCAGAAAAGCCCAUAUCUAUCACCAACUGGUACAAUAAGUGCUGCUAAUAGUUGUCCAGCCAGCCCUAGACAAGGUUUUCAUCAGAACCAAGCCAAUUACAACAACUAUACCAACAACAAUUUACAAAACCAAGACCUAUUCCAAACACCAUCAACAGCUAGCUAUAACCACAAUGAGAAACCACCAUAUAGCUAUGCUCAGUUGAUUGUUCAAGCUAUAUCCGCAGCACCGGAUAAACAAUUGACACUUUCUGGCAUUUAUUCAUUUAUAGUCAAGCAUUAUCCGUACUAUCGUAAAGAAACAAACAAGGGUUGGCAGAACUCCAUACGCCAUAAUCUCAGUUUGAAUAGGUAUUUCAUUAAAGUUGCACGCUCUCAAGAUGAGCCGGGCAAGGGCAGUUUCUGGCGUAUUGAUCCUGACAGUGGCGCCAAGUUGAUUGAUCACAGCUACAAGAAACGGCGUCAACGUAGCAGCCAAGGUUUUCGCCCAACAUACGGCAUGCCACGUUCGGCACCAGUCUCACCGAGUCAUAUGGACAAUUCGCGUGAGAGUUCACCACUGCAGGAUUUCGUUUUGCAAUCGGCCCCUGGAUCGCCGGGCAUGUCUAUUGAGCAACGCGCAGCCGAUGGUGAUAUUAUGUACAACAACACAACUCAGAAUAUGCACCAAUCGACGGCUAACAAUUCCCACAAUCAAUACAAUAGCGGAAGCCCAUACUAUGUUUCAAAUCAAAAUUCAACCAUUGCCGGUGUACAGCAACAACAACAACAGCAUCUACACAACGAGAGCGGAGUGACCAUUGGUGGUGGCAGCGGCAACGGUGUUGGUGCCUUGAUAGCACUCAAACGUAAUCAUGCUAUGGCAGCUGGCGCACAGCAACAACAACAACAGCAGCAGCAACAACAUCAACAUCAAGUGCAAACGUUGCAUCCCGACAUUAUAUACGAGGAAAUGCCCACUGAUUACAGUGGAAAUAUGGAAUCUGGCGAUGAAGGUUGCAGUAUUGGCGGUGGUAAUGGCGCCGGCAGCAGCGCUUCAUGCGACGCUUCCAAACGCCCCAAAUAUUUAUCCGAAGUACUCUGAUAUGUUGCUGUUUCUGUUUCAGUUUCUUCUAAUGUCUGCAAGUAAUUAAAAAAAAUUUACAAAAGAAUGUAAAAUUUUAAAAAUUGAACUAAUGGCAAAGAUUUGUCACAGUAAAAUACCCCAUACACAUACAUACAACAAAUUUAAAAAGAGAAAACUAGAGCACACAAAAGUUGAGAUUUACUAUAAAUGGAAAAUGUAAAAUGCGUAAACCAAUUCGGAAAUAUGUAAUAAUUUUAACAGACAAAUCAGCAAUGUGUAAAACACUUCACGUUUUUUUUUUUUUUUAUUAAACCUUCAGUAUGCGAAGACCAUAUUCAAAGGCAAAUUGUCUAUGAAACCUUGUAUCAAGCUUUUAAUAGUAAAUAACUGUCUACAAAUAGUAAACAGCGCUUUUGAUGAUUUACAUGAAUUUUAAAUUUCGCUCGAAAUGUCUUCUUUCAUCUAAAUUGACUGCAAGUAUUAGAUAAGUUCUAUUUAAUUAUAAUUACUAUAAAUACGAUAUAUUUCUGAAUUGGACUAAAGCGACAUUAGAAAACUACAGUGGGUCAGAGUGUAGUAGAAGACAUAAUAUAAUAGAAGACACAUUCACACAAAAAAAAACAUAACAAAAUUGAGAAAAUGUUAAACUAACAUUAUUUACAAAAUAUUUCGUUGAAGAUAUAGAAAAUGAAAACAGUAAACCGGUAUCACAAGAAAAAUCAAGAAACACAUGAAGCCAACCAACCAAGAAACAUCUUUAUUACUAUUAUAACCCAUCGGUAUAUUGAAUUUGACAAGCAAAGUAUGUGAACAAAAAUAAUUGUUUUAUUGUUUUUUAAUCUUUCUAAAAUAUGAAUAUAUACAAACUCCCUAUAUUGCUUUAAUAUUUGUUGUUGUAAUGAUUUAUUCGUUUAACGAUUAUCAAAAUUGUAUCCCUAGCAUACUGUAUAGAUGUACUUGUAUACUCUGGACGAAUUCAAUAUGCUUGAUGAUGCUAUAUAUUAUACUAGAAUGAAUGGGAGUAAAAAGUAACACAAAAAAGUUAUAAUAUGCGAAAUGCAAACAAAAAAAUAUAUAAAGAACAAAAAAAGCAAAAAUCUAAUUUAAAAAAUUGUAAACUAAUGAAAGUAGUACAUUUUAAAUGAUGGGAAAAAUAAUUACUUAAUAUGCGAGUAAUAAAUAUUAAUGCUAAAAAGAAUUAAGCAGCAUGUUUGGCAGAAAGCCUAGACGGUGUAUACAAAACAAAAGCAAAGCUAGUAAGUAAAAGCAAAAUAAAUGAAUCAUAGUUGUGUGGCAACUGCAAAGGAGCAAAAGAAUUAAUUACCUAUCUCUACAUACCUACAAUUAUAUCGAACCUAAAUCUAGAAAAACAAAUUAAAACUAAUACAAAAAAGUUAAUUUAAAUAAAAAAAUAUUAUAAAACAAGUAAACAAAAAAAAAAAGAACCCUACAAACAAAUUUAUGGUAAAGAUAAAAUGUAUAAUGAUGAUUGCACUUUAUUUCUAUUAUAAUAAAGAAAACUCCAUUUCAAUGUUUGGACAAAAUGUGUAUUGAGAAAAAAUACAAAGAAUAUAGAUAAU